GUCUACCAAAAACAUUCUUUGCACGAGCUUGAACUGUUGUUUCAGCAAUAACAUCUCCCGCUCCAAACUGCCCCCUCGGAAGCUAAGAACGUAUCCGCUCUUGAUCUACGCUCGUUUUCAUGCCUAAACGCAUCACAUGGAGUUGCCCGACCCUUCAAACAUGCGUCGUUGCAUCGCUCGUGCCACCACUCCUGCCCACGAAGAACCUCUCAUGCCUUCCACCACUCUCCAAACCGUCUCAACCAAGCCCGGAUGGAUUCUUGCCCACGCUCCACAAUAAGUUCUUGAUGCAACCAAUGAGCGCAGUCUCACACUCUACAACAUGACGCACGAAACGAUGCGAGAUAUCGUACAUCUCUUUAAGAAUCAUGCGGUGCCUCUCCUCUAGUUCAGACUCCCACAUGGCUUCUGUUUGUGCGUUCUGACUCUCAACGCUAUCUGGCUCCACGCCCGUCAAGCUCCCAGGUCCUGCUUCUCCGCUAUUUUCUCUGACGUGCUCCAUUCCGCCUGAUUUCUCUUCGGCGAAUUUAUGUGGCAAAACGCCCAUAAGUCUCUGCACGAAACUUGAGUUCAUGCUAAGAGUCGAACUGAUGCCGAUAAAUGGAUUCGCUUCGAUUGUUUCCAGGCUGUUGGUAUGUAUGUUUGCUUCACCAUUGAGCAAUCGGGAUUUCGCGCUACACCCUUUUUUUCUCUUGGCCUCAGACGCUGUCACUACUGGUGCCUUUUUGUAUUUACCGUGGUUUUUCGCCUUAUGGAGCUUGACCUCUCGUUUGUGGGCUGCCUCGGACUCCACGAAAGGAUCCUCGGAUUUAUAUGGUUUACAAACUGGAGUCAUCGAGAGAACCCCUCGUUCGACUUGAUCAGCGCAGCUAAUACCUCGACGUGCCAACGUUUGGAUGGACUUCAUGACGCCAUGUCCGCCUCUAGAAGUGCGAAGCAUAGGCCUCUCUUUCCGUAAUGACGGAGACGACCUGUCUGUAUACGAUGUGUUUCGCGAUAUUUCGCGCUUCCCAGACGAGUCAAUAUUCAAUUGAGUACAAUCCCAUCGAUCAAUGGGGAUGAACUCCUCGUCAUCGAGGCCUUCUGCAGAAAUUUUGAGACGUUUUGCUGCCCUUUGACUUAAGGAGGCUUUUAUCUGGCGCUUACUCGCGUUGUUUCUGGGUACUAUCUGAGUGCUACUUCUAUCUUUGAGCUUCAACAUACUCGUCGAAGUCUUCAUCUCGAAGUCCAUUUCCUUGUGCUUUUGCGCCGGAUCGAACUGACUUUUUAGCAGUUCAGACGGUCUAGAGGAUGGUGGCAUCAAGGAAAGACCAUUCUUUGUUGCUUUCAUGCUUGUCUCUGCUUUUGUGAAGCUUGGAAUUUGAUUCAAUAAAAUGUUCUUUCUGAGCCUUUGCACGUUUGUUUUGGUGGCAUACCAAUCAUAUAUCGAUGGCGAACGGUGGCUGAAGUAUAUCAUCGCUUUGGACGAUUUAAUAGUAGUAGUAGACUGGCCAG